AUGAUUUACACAGCGAUUGAUAACUUUUACUUAACUGAUGAUGAGCUACAAAACACUCCGUCAAGGAAAGAUGGAAUCGACGAAGCUACAGAAACAACUCUUAGGAUCUAUGGCUGUGAUCUUAUCCAAGAGAGCGGCAUUUUACUCAAAUUACCUCAAGCUGUGAUGGCUACUGGUCAAGUUUUAUUCCACCGUUUCUAUUGCAAGAAGUCAUUUGCCCGCUUCAAUGUCAAGAAAGUUGCGGCUAGUUGUGUAUGGCUUGCAUCUAAACUAGAGGAAAGCCCUAGGAAAUCGAGGCAAGUCAUCAUUGUUUUCCACAGAAUGGAGUGCAGGAGGGAGAACUUACCAAUAGAUUUUUUGGACCUGAAUUCAAAGAAGUUUGCAGAGUUGAAGAUUGAGUUGAGCAAAACAGAGAGGCAUAUCUUGAAAGAAAUGGGUUUUGUUUGUCAUGUUGAGCAUCCCCACAAAUUCAUUUCAAACUACCUAGCCACCCUUGGAACACCUCAAGAAUUGAGACAAGAAGCUUGGAACCUAGCUAAUGAUAGUUUGCGGACGACCUUGUGCGUUCGUUUCAAGAGUGCGGUUGUGGCUUGUGGGGUUGUGUAUGCUGCAGCUCGUAGAUUCCAAGUACCUCUUCCUGAAAGUCCACCAUGGUGGAAAGCAUUCGAUGCAGAGAAAUCUGGGAUUGAUGAAGUUUGUAGAGUUUUGGCUCACCUUUAUAGCCUUCCUAAGGCACAGUACAUAUCAGUCUGCAAGGAUGGAGAUUUUUCUUUUUCUAUCAAGUCUUCAGAUUCACAAUUGCAGCCAGUUCCAAAGGAACUUCCACGGAGUAGCCUACCCACGAAUAAUGAUUCAACUGAAGCAAAGGCAGCUCCAAGUGGGAAUGUUGAAUCUAGUGGAUCCAAGGACAUAACAAAGGUUGCCUCAGACAAGCUGAAGGAAUCUAAGAGGAGUGAUGAUGAAUCCAAGCCUGCUGAGGGAGAGGCAAGAGAUGAGCUCAUUCCAAGAUCGAAGUCUGAGCAUAGAACAGAAGCGAGUGGUGACAGGAGCAAGGAGAGAGACAGGGAGAGGGAGAGGGAGAGGGACAGAGAGAGGGAUAGAAUAAAAGCUCCGGAUCGUGAUAGGGGCAGAGAUUCUGACAGGGAAAGAGAGCGAGAUGAAAUUGAAAGAGACAGGGAUAGGGCUAAGGAUCGAGGUCAUCAUCGUUCAAAGGAUAGAGGAAGAGAGUCAGGACACUCGGAGAAAUCAAGGCAUCAUUCAUCGCGAGAUCGUGACUACUACAGUUCCUCCUAUUCAUCAAGAGAAAAGGAUCGCCAUAGGCAUCAUUCAUAUGCUUGA